CGGACAGCGGCUUCGGUCAGUUUGUCGUCCAACCUCAGCUCGGCCAGUCGUUUCAGGCAAUCAUUCAAAGUCGUCGUUAUCCAUUCAUUCGAUCUUAAAUUGGAAUAAAAUCUAUUUAUAAACUAAACUUGAUAAAAACAAAGUGAUAAAGUUAAAAUCAAAAUGCGUUCUUGCGGUCCAAGUUUAAUAAAAUAUGUUUUAUUUGCUUUCAAUGUCUUGUUUGCGAUCUCCGGAUUGGGAAUUCUUGUGGCAGGUGCCAUUGUCCUUGCCGAUGUGAAUGAAUUUAAUCACUUUGUGGAGGGUCGUGUUCUGGCCCCACCGAUUGUCCUGAUCGUUACGGGUCUGGUAAUAUUCCUGAUUGCGUCUCUGGGUUGCUUUGGAGCGAUCAAGGAGUCACCAACGCUGCUUUUGACUUUUGCAGUCCUUUUGGCCGUCAUCUUUAUCGUAGAACUGGCAGUGGGAAUCGCGGCCAGUGUUUUCAAGAAGGAUCUGGAAAUGAUGGUGAAGAACUCCCUGCAGGAAUCGAUUAAACGGUCGGAUAGUGAGGAUACCAUGGCCUGGGACAACAUCCAACGGAAGUUGAUGUGCUGCGGAGUGGACACUCCGGCGGAUUGGAGGGAGCUCAGUGCUAACAAGACUCUUCCGGCCAGCUGCUGCCAGCCACAGUUUAUAGACACCACCGUGGGACACUGUCGGGAUUCGCCGGCUCUUGGAAAGGAUAAGUAUUACCAGGACGGUUGUGUGGGAAAGCUAAAGGAUCGAAUCGAAAAGAAUGCUAUUAUCCUGAUCGGUGUUGGUAUUGGGAUUGCCUUCAUCCAAAUCCUGGGCAUCAUUCUAGCCUGCUAUUUGGCCAACUCCAUUCGGCAGGAAAGGGCCAAGUAAGCUCGUCCUUUUUUGUUAUCUCAAACUUAAAGGAACUUAACUUAAAGAUCCAGAAACUGUUGAAAUUUAUUUGCGAUUCCAAGUUAAGAAAAUGUGUCAGUCAGAAAAAAGAAAACGCAACAAACCAUCUCAAAACUCUAACUUAUUCUUUUACUUUCUAACCUGUGUCACAACUAUUUAAUUGUCUCUCUAUAUUUUCUAUUUCUUUGAAUCCUUAUAUUGUCCUUUUCUUAAAUUAAAUAUUCUACUAUCUUCUGUACUGAAAAUGAUAUCAAAAAUUUAUUCAUUCUUACCAAUCUAUCUUCCAUUCUUACUCAAAUGUUGCCUUUCGUCAAAAGUCCCAAAAUCAUAUUCAUUACUCGUUGCUUUAUAUAUUAAUACAAAUUUUAGAUACAAAUUACGUUGUAUUCCUAAAUAAAAUCAAAAUAAACCGA